CGCGUCAUAAAUGCCGAGAAAUUAAGCCACCAGACUCUAAGUUCUCGUAUUGAAAAUGGUGCUCGAACGCUUUCCUUACGAUGUCCUUCGCCACAUUUUCUCUUUUCUACAGCAACACGAUUUGGACAGUUUAUCGGCUCUCGCGCGUACUAGUCACUCAAUCCACGAACUUGCUAUUGACCUCCUUUGGGAAAAUCAACGAACGCUCUGGCCACUUGUUCUUCUGUUGCCAUCAUCUGUGAUCGAAAGAGCUUCGCUUGCCAUUCGAAAGCUUCCGUCAUGGGUCACAUUUCAUACCCACGUCGCUUCCCACUGCUCAACGUGGGACAGGACGCUCCAUUACAGCUCUCGCAUUCGGCGGCUCUGCCUCAGUAGGACCCAUCGCAUGGCAUACUAUAAGAUGCUGACAGAGAGUCCCUCGCCUCUUCUUCCAAAUCUCGCCCACCUUGAAGUUCUUGCAGACACGGAAUCGGAUCUACUAUUGUGCCUUCAACUCCUAGUUGAAGGAUCUCAGGGCCUGCAAUCAUUGACGGUGAAAUGUUGUCCCAGGGGAAUUCCUGCAUCAGUUUUAGGUACUGCACUAGGCUGCCUCAUGGCAAAGUGCUCUACGCUGGAGCAAGUCCACAUCCUUUCCCCGCUCUAUAGUACUGGUGUCACCUCUGGACUGCACGCACCGGUAUUCUCUAAUGGGCAGAAUUAUACAUUCCUCAAGGCUGUGGACAUGCUGUCGGAACAUGAACCUUGGAAUACCCAUCAUCCAAGGCUGACGGUGUCUGCAGAAAUUGUCAGAGAACUUGGGAGGAUGCCUUGCCUUGAAGACGCAGGUUUCGAUUUGGUUUUGGGUCUUGAUGAGCCAUUCGAGACAAUUUCGCAGGGUUUUGUUUCGGAUAACCCGUAUCAUAGGAUGUUCGGCACCCUCAAGAAGCUCAGGCUGCGCGCGGCAACUGUGAAGCAUACCACUGCAAUUUUGGAAAUGAUUGGCUCCCAUUCAAUAGAGGACCUUACGCUGUGGGUGGAUAGACCCGUGUCGGUCUUUGCCUUCUACUCAAUUGCGGAGUUAUUGUCUCCCAACCGGACCGACGAAGAUCGGCUGAAGUUUAUCAAUAUCAAAAACUUCAAGUUCAUAGCAGAAUAUUUUUUUUCAGACCCAUUCAAGUCCGUACCCCUCAGCCAAGGGGCUCCAGUCUCUAUGAUAUCUCCUUUAUUCGCACUCCAUGACUUGCGUAGCUUCAAGAUCGAUGUCACGGAUACAGUGGCUGCAGAUCGUGCCAUUGGCGGACGGCUGCCGGCGCUUUGCAGAGAUGACCUGGAGACUAUUCCUCAGGCCUGGAAGGAUAUCGAGGAACUAGGGUUGCAGUGGUUGAGAAGUGGCACAGAGACUGACACACGUGUCGACGACGACGGCGAAACAUGGGAAUCAGAAGGACCCACUCUGGCCGAAGUUGCGCUCCUAGCCAGCCGGUGUGAUAAAAUCUCUUCACUAGGAAUGUGGUUCAACGCCCAGGACUGGUUUGAUGAUGAUCCGACAAUGGAUUCCAGUAGAGAGGGAGUAGAGGCGGAAGAUCUGGGAACGUUAUACGAAAAUCAAGAAAGACGCACCAACACCCAGGGUGUAUUGUCUCAUACUGCUGUCACCAGCGCACAUUUGGAUCAUUCGAACGAAGGACCGUCAUCUAGUACGCUUCGUGAACUCUGGGUUGGAUUGUCCCUGGUUUCAGUUGCGGCAAGCCAACGUGUGUCCAGCUUUGCUCACAGCCGAUUCCCUCAUGUUGCUUGGUUUGGAUGGGAUUAUUCACGAGCGAUUUCUGCUCUGGGUGGUUGGGAGACGCAAGAGUGGAGCCUUGUAAAUGAUACUUUCGUUACGAUGUAUCCCCGAAAAAGACUCAGAAAGCAGGUUCAUACAUCAGAGAACUCAUGAGUCUCCCCAGGUGCUUGAUUGCGGUGGUUUUCCGACGU